GAUUUGCUCGAAAAGCCGCGUUUAGUACCGAGGACAACCUGGACCCUGUAAUAAUUUUGUGCAAUCGAGCAAUCAACACAUCAAGACUACCUACUCCGUCGAUCUUGCCUCCUCAACCUCUCACCGUCGACGAACUUCCCUUUUUCAAUACUGCUGUAAACCCCUGAGUCUUCAAGAACAACCAGACGGCGACGAGGACGACGAGGACGACACACAUGCACACGAUGUCAUCCUACAGAGCAACGAGGACAGCCUUGCGUGCCGUCGCGCGCACAUCCAGACCCGCUACCCGGCCCAUGACGGCACCCCUCCAACGAUCGCGAACCUUUACGAGCGUGAAGCCCGCCGCUGGUCUUCUCCAGCAAAGUCGUCUUCCCCGGCGCAUAACCCGCGAGCACACCCAGCAGCAAGCCGGCGCACGGCGAUCACCCUUUGCCGGCCGCGAGGGCGGCAUCCGCACCAUCUUCAUCCAGACCGAGCAGACGCCCAACGCCGACGCCAUCAAGUUCCUCCCGAACCACCGUAUCUUGCCCGACAACAUCCCGACACCCUUCAUCGAGUACCUCAACCCGCGCUCGACCAUUGCGCCUCCCUACCCCUCCCCGCUGGCCGCCCAGCUCAUGAACAUUGACGGCGUUACCUCCGUCUUCUACGGCGCCGAUUUCAUCACCGUCAGCAAAGCCGCCGACGCCAACUGGGCCCACAUCCGGCCCGAGGUGUUCGCACUCAUCACCGAGGCCAUCACCUCGGGGCAGCCCAUCGUCAAUGUCGCGGAGAAGAAGGAGGGCGGCGUCGCCGGUGAGGAGCAGCAGCAGCACGGUGAGGAGGACAGUCUGGCCUACGACGAGAACGACAGCGAGGUCGUGGGCAUGAUCAAGGAGCUGCUUGAAACGAGGAUACGCCCCGCCAUCCAGGAGGACGGCGGCGACAUCGAGUUCCGCGGCUUCACCGACGACGGCAUCGUCUUGCUGAAGCUCCGCGGCGCGUGCCGGACGUGCGACUCCAGCACGGUGACGCUGAAGAAUGGCAUCGAAGGCAUGUUGAUGCACUACAUCGAGGAGGUCAAGGGCGUCCAGCAGAUCCUCGACCAGGAGGAAGAAAUCGCGCUCCAGGAGUUUGCCAAGUUUGAAGAGAAGCUCAAGGCCCAAAAGGGCAAUGAGGCGACCGCCGCAUGAGUUGAAACCAUAACGUAGCCCAAAGAGGGGGGCUCUGGCUUGUGGCGUUGAGUAGACGAGUUCGGGGGAGGGGUGCAUAAGUCAUGUAAAAAAGAAAUUGCUGUAUAAUCACGUCAACAUCUUGCCGGGCAUCACGCUAGUGAUACGGACAAUACC